CUAGAUCACAUCCAAUUGUGGCUGCCCAGUAGCUCCCCAGGGUACCCAGUCAAUGGGGCCCUGUAUGCAGGCCUGCCUGUCCAGCUUCUCCCUACCCUUGGCCCCCAUUGGCAGCUUUAGCCUGCAGUGGACUGCGCCAAGCCCACACCCAGUCUUCUCUGGAGGAGGAAUAAGAAGCUGCUCUGUGUACACUCCUGCCACUUGGACACUGACGCUAGAAAGGAACCAGCAGCAAAAGGUGACCAGGAGCAUCCAGGAUGUCUGAGCUGGAGAAGGCCAUGGUGGCUCUCAUUGACAUCUUCCAUCAGUACUCAGGAAAAGAGGGCGACAAACACAAGCUGAAGAAGUCGGAACUCAAGGAGCUCAUUAACAACGAGCUGGCCCACUUCCUGGAGGAAAUCAAAGAGCAAGAAGUUGUGGACAAAGUCAUGGAAACCCUGGAUGAAGAUGGAGAUGGGGAAUGCGACUUCCAGGAAUUUAUGGCCUUCGUCUCCAUGGUGACUACAGCCUGCCACGAGUUCUUUGAACAUGAGUGAGGCAGGGGGCAAAGGAGCUAAGAUGUCCCUGCGGCAGACAGAAAGGUCAAAGAGGAAGCAGAGCAAAGGCCUGCAGGCUUCAAGGAGCUGAGCUCUCUAGACACAUAGAACUAUUUAGGAGGCUUGAUUUCCUCUGGGAACGCAAACCCAAAGCCCAUCCCAAGGGCUGCUUUAAGCUAGCGCAUCCUUCUUUCUGUUACCUUAGGCAUCCCUGUGAGCUGACUGGUCCCAGGGAGACUGUUGGGUAGAAUCACUUAGGGG